GGAAGAUUCGCCAAACAUCUCUAGCGGCAUCCGAGUCCCCCGUAGAAGAGAUCAGCUUCAGCUAUGAGCCCUCCUCUAGGUCGACUACUCCAGCGAACGCCAAAGAUGAGAAGUCGGCUAGCAAGACCCCCGCGCCAUUUGAGCCUACGAUGCUAGACUACGUAUGGCCGCUUUCAUUGGUUUUUGGCGGAUGCUGCACGAAUGCCUGGGCAUACGAGGAACUUCUCCUGAUCAAUCCAAGUAUCGGCGUAACCAUCACAUUUGCACAGAUGGCAUUCAUUACUCUACAGCUCCUGCCUUCUUUCGUCGAAUAUCCAUCCGCCCGCCAAGGCUCGCUGGUAUCUAUGCUUCCUCGACUGAAGCCUCGUCGCGUCCCUCUACGACAUUGGGCGCUGCAAGUGACCAUAUUUAUCGCCGGCGCAUUGAUGAAUAACAAAGCACUGGCGUAUCGCGUGCCCUUCACGCUUCAAAUAUUGUUUCGCUCGGCAGGCAUGGCGGUUGCGAUGCUUCUGAACUGGCUCUUUUUGAAGGCAAAAUAUACGCCAAAGCAAAUCGGUGCCGUUGCCUUGAUAUCGAUAGGUGUCAUCCUCGCCACACUUUCGAAGCCUGGAUCUCCUUCUAAGGAUCAUAUGCACUACAGUCCUCAGGAGUAUACCCUAGGCAUCGCCUUGCUUACCAUCGCGCUCUUCCUGACCGGGUUCCAGGGCAUCUUCCAGUUCUAUGUCUUCGAAAAGUACGGGCCGUGGUGGAAGGAAGGGAUGUUUUACACUCAUCUCAUGUCCCUACCUAUCUUCGUCCUGUAUCGACAAGAGAUUCGGAGCGGGCUAGCCAGCCUUUCGAAGUCACCCCUUGGUGCUAUAGUCCCAUAUGCCAUCCUGGGCGGCAACCUGGCGUCCCAGCUGGCCUGCACAUCGGGGGUGCAUCAAUUAGGCUCGACGUACCGUUUGUCGCCUGUAUCGACAAACCUGGUAACCACCGCCCGCAAAGCGAUCUCACUCUGCUUCUCGAUGUGGUGGUUUGGCAAUGGGUGGAACGCCCAACUAAUGCUAGGCGCGGCUCUGGUGUUCAUCGGAAGCAUGAUCUACACGGCCACCAGCGGCGACCCGCCGAGAUAACGCUGCAAGAUGUUGGGGCGAACGUGUUGCACACAAGUAACGUUACAAACUAUAUGAUACAAGUUUAGACGGGCUUUGCACUUUGGUCUGUCCGACAGACCGAAAUCAGACAAUAUUGUAACCG